UGUGGGUCAGGAUGGGGUUUGGAGGCAGCUUGGGUGUUGCUUGCUUUUACUGGGUGCUGGCUGGAGCAGCAGCUUCCAGCCCUUGGAGCUUCCCUCAAAGGAGCUUGGGGGUCUUGAGGGUCAGGGGGGACUCUUCUUGGAGCCAGCCUCGUGUGCCUCUCUUUUCCCAGCCCUCUCCCUGGGCAUGGGUGGAUGUUUCCCAGCUGCAGGCAGCUGCCCCCUUGCACCCUGUGGCUGUGCAGUGCCAGGAGGCACAGAUGGUGGUCACUGUGCACAGGGACCUCUUUGGCACAGGACGUCUGGUCAAGGCUACAGACCUGAGCCUGGGCUCAGCCUCCUGCUUGCCUGUGGCCCAAAGUGCUGCUGAGGGCACAGUGACCUUCGUGGCUGGGCUGCAUGAGUGUGGCAGCAGCCUGCAGAUGACCCCAGACUCCCUGAUCUACAGAACAAGCCUGUCCUACAAACCUUCUCCUGCCAACUUGGUCAUCGUAAGGACGACCGCAGCCGUGGUGCCUAUCGAGUGUCACUACCCCAGGAAGAGCAACGUGAGCAGUGAUGCUGUGCAGCCCACAUGGGCUCCUUUCUACUCCACCCUGGCAGUGGAGGAGGAGCUGAUGUUCUCCCUGCGCCUCAUGAACGAUGACUGGAGCUCUGAGAGGCUUUCCAAUGGCUUCCAGCUGGGAGAAAGCCUGCAUCUCCAGGCUGAGGUUGCUUCUGGGAACCACAUCCCUCUCAGGCUCUUUGUGGAUGAUUGUGUUGCUACCCUGAGCCCUGACAGGAGCUCCUCUCCUCUAUAUGCCUUAAUUGACCUCAGUGGGUGCUUGGUGGAUGGCAGAUCAGAAGACACCACUUCAACCUUCAUCUCCCCAAGGCCAAGGCAGGAAACACUUCAGUUCAUGGUUGAUGCCUUCAGGUUUGCAGGAGACAAUGGCAACUUGAUCUACAUCACCUGCCACUUGAAGGUCUUUCCAGUUGACCAAGCCCCAAACCCACUGAACAAAGCCUGUUCCUUCAACAAAGCCAGCAGCCUUUGGGUUCCUGUGGAGGGGACUGCAGACAUCUGCAGCUGCUGUGAGACCAGCAACUGUCCCUUGCAUAGAGGAUACUCCCAGAGACUCAACCCUGCAGCCAGAUGGCCAGCAAGGCGUGUGAGGAGAGACACUUCCUCCCAGCAAGGUGGCUCCUCAAGUGUGGCAGAGGCUGAAGUCUCCCUUGGACCCCUCCUCAUCCUUGAUUCAGCUCAGGGCUUAUGGAGGUCCUCAGAAGGUCUUGAAGGGAAGACCACACAUGAUGCUGCAGGAGGACUUCCUAUGCUGGUUGAAGUUGCCAUGCUCCUAGCAGCCACCCUGCUGAGCUUCACUGCCCUUGGCCUCUUCCUUGGGUGCAGGAAGUGCAACUGCCCUCCUGGAGUGUCUCUACCUCCUGAAGCCUAAUAAAGAGAGAGGUUUGUCCUUGUGUCCUCA